AUGGCGGAGUCCACCCACGAUCACCUGUUCAAGCUUCUCAUCAUUGGCGACUCAGGAGUGGGGAAGUCUUCCAUCCUGCUCCGCUUUUGCGACGAUGAGUUCAACGAGAAGCAGGCGUCCACCAUUGGCGUGGAUUUCAAGACCAAGUUCAUGCAAGUCAGAGGCAAGAAGCUCAAGCUUGCGCUGUGGGACACAGCUGGGCAGGAACGAUUCCGGACUCUGACGUCCUCGUACUAUCGAGGAGCCCAGGGAAUUAUUCUUUGCUACGACUGCACUCAGCGGAGUAGCUUCGAGCACGUGAAGUUCUGGCAGGAUGAGGUCAGGAAGUAUUCCACGAACCAGGAUGCCAUACUGAUGCUUGUCUCCAACAAGGUGGACCUGGCUGACCAGCAGGUAACCCGAACGGAGGGCGAGGAGUUCGCUUUUGCCAACUCAAUGAUGUUCAUUGAGACUAGAAAGCCCCGCGCCGAAGCAGCUACGAUCUUUUUGGUGCGCCAUGGGCAGUCCACCUGGAACCUGGCAGCCAAGCAGCUCGACAUUUGGACGAUGUUCCGCCAGGUGGACCACGCUUUGACAGCGGAAGGCGUGGCCCAGGCUUCCCGCCUACGGGACACUGCGGCAGCAGCCCUCAAGCAGGGUGACGAAGAAGCCGAGCGCUUCCUCUCUCCCAGAAGCCGAGUCUUCGCAUCGCCACUCUCCCGUGCUGUGGCAACAGCCAUUGUGGCGCUGGGAUUGCAGAGGAAGAUCACGCUGCUGCCAGACGCUCGCGAGCUGGCCUAUCCACUCUGUGGGCCAGACUCUGUGGGUGCUGCCGUUGGGCCUGACAUUCCUAUCCAAGCACUUCAGGGUAUUUGCAAGGUGGAUUCAAACUACUGCGACGCAUCAAUGACUGAACUGGCAUCCGAAAUGAUCGAUGCAUCUGCAGCGGAGAAGGUUUGGUGGAACAGAUUUCGGGAGUCCAAGAGUGAGAUGAAGCAGAGGCUUCAAAGACUUCUGCGCACUCUUCGGCCGGUGGAUAAUCUACCGCAUGCCAGCAUACUGGUUUGCCACAGCCUGUUGAUCCAGCGUCUCUUCAAAGAUUUUGCAUCGCCAGAGAUGGAGGCGGCAGCGCCGCAGUUGCUAUCGCGGCUGCGGGCAAGCAAGCUGCAGAACUGCGGCGCAGUGAAAGUCACGCUCGACGAAGACAACUUAAUCAGCAGUGCUCAGCUGGUCUUCGGCACCAAGCUGGUGCAGCUUUCCUUUCUUGAUGGUUGGAAAUCGUUUCUGCCCGCCGCCAGCAUCGACAAAAGGCAAGGCAUCAAGACAGCGUUUGAAGAGGUGGUCUUCAAAAUCCUGGACACGCCAUCGCUCCUGCAAAGCACGCAGCCUCUGGGAACACGCCAGGUGGAUGCGCAGAGCCAGCGCCAGGGCAAGCCAUGUGCAAAUGCCAUGGACUGGUGCAGCAGCUUACUUCGCGCUGCGGUUCUGCUUUGCAGUCCACAAGGAACAGCCUCAGACGUGGCAAUCAUCUCCUUGGCCACAAACGAUUACUAUGCCAGCGCCCAAGGACCGCAUGUGGACAGAGUUUUGAUGGUUCCCGAGCCAUCGCAGCUGACGAACACUUGGCGGCAGCGUUUCGUUUCUUUGGGGAUCAAGGUUGUGGACGUAAACGCGGUGCAGCCCAGCAAGUCCUUCCUGGAAGCGAUGGCUUCUGAGCGCCAGGACUUGGCGAAGCAAGGCUUGCUGGAGGUUCUGCAGCCGCUUUCCUAUGGCGGAGCCUUUGCCAAGGUCCACGCAUGGGACGAGAGUUUGGGAUACGCGAAGGUGCUCCUCCUGGAUGGCGACGUGCUUGUCAAAGGUGAUCUGCAAGGCCUCCUGAAGCAAGCGCCAAUCAGUGCUUCCAAAGAUUUGGCGGACGCUUUCAACUACGGAGUCAUCUUGCUGAAGCCCAACAAUACAAUCCACAGAGACUUAGUCACUUUGCUGACGCAAGCCACCCGUGAGGACUUACGUCGGUAUAACAAACGGAGGGCAAAUGAAGUGGGGCUUUGUGACCAGACCCUGGUGGCAGGGCGGUUGGCUGAGACGCAGAAGGUCUACUUCUUCGAGGACCUGCGAAGAUCCUCCCGUCAGAGCCCGGAGAAGUGGCUGAUGUCCACGGAGUACAACCUUGUGGUUUCUUACCGGGCCAAAGAGCGAUGUGAGCUGCCUGGUGAGCGCAAGAGGGUGGACAAGGCUCGCAUCAUUCACUUUGCCAACAACUGGCUAAACUUCGAGACCUUGGCGAAGGACCGGGACUCACCUGGGCGGAUUGAUUCGCCUCGCUGCUACAAGGCAGCUUUCCGCUACUGGCACGACGUGUACCAACACGCGCUGCGUCUGGCUGACAGGAGCUCAGACGCCCAGCCACCAUCUUAUGCACCCGUGGAUUUCCAUGCAGACAAUGGGCUUGCGAGGCCGGAAGAAGUCCAGGCCGUUUUCCUGGACUUCCAGUGA